AUGGCCACGCUCCCGUCCCAGAAUGAGAAGACGCCAGAUCAGAGACUCAGGCUCAGGUGCUUUUCCAGGGCGAGCAAGGACCUGAAACUGCGCGAACCACUCGAUGCAAUUCGACAAGAUGGGCUUCGCUUCGACUUUCACUGCAAGCAGAUCGAGGUGCCGCCGUCGUCCCUGGCAAAAGGCUCGGCCGAUGCAUGUUCCAUCAUCUCGAGAGGUCGCACGUGCUGA